AUGGUUUCCGAAAGGAUUGGUUUACAAAGUGGCUCGGAUGGUAUCGCUUGGAGCUGGAAGAAGUACCCAAGUUCGGAUGUCGAGGUCAAAGAGGUUGUGGAAUGUCAUCGGUUGCUUCACGGUGUUCGGCGUAAUGAUAGAUUUGAUCAAUGGAUUUGGAAUAAAGGUAGUAAUGCUUUAUAUUCGGUUAAAGAAACUAGAAUUUGGUUGAAUGAGGAGGACCCGAGAGACAAUGGCAAUGUGUUUAAGUGGAGUAAGUGGAUUCCAAAUAAGUGCAACAUUUUCUUGUGGCGGGCUAGCAUGGAUCAGAUCCCGACAUUGGACGCUCUUAGGAGGAGGAAUAUUGUGCUCGGUGAUGGGAGUUGUUACUUAUGUGGUGAAGCGGUCGAAAACACGGAGCAUAUUUUUACGGCUUGUAGAAUUUCGGAUAGGGUGUGGACCGGUGUGGCCUCGUGGUGCAGGUUACCUUCUUUCUUCUUGUUUUCGAUUGAUGAUAUUCGAAGCUAUGUGGAUCAGAUGAAUACCUCCAAGACAAAGAAAGAAAUAGUAUAUGGGGUGCUUAUUUUGACGGCUUGGCGUAUUUGGAAAGCUCGAAACGAAAAGGCUUUUGAUAGUAUCGAUGCGAAUGUGGUUCAUAUUGUGUCGGACGUGAAGGCGUUGGGAUGUUAUAAAGAUGUCAUCAACACCGGCUAUAUAUACCCUUUAGCUAUACUUCAAAUUCACGCAAUUUAA